GGCCUCCUCUCCACAAAAAAACCACCCUUUCUUUUAGUUGGCGACCUAAGCAACUACCUACUUACCUUCUCUUCUCUCUCUUUUCCCAACCUUCAAUGGCUUCCCUUUCCCGGCAAAAAAGUUGCCGUCUUUCCUCUUUUAUCCCCCCUUCACCAAUGAACUCUUCUUCUUCUUCUUCUUCUAGCUUCUUCCCUCUGUUUCUCCUCCCAACCCAAAACCCAAUUCACUAAACAACAAAAAGCGUCCGACUUUCCUAUUUUUUUUCCUUUCUCUGCCAAAAAAAAAAAAUGCCGCCGUCGAACUUCCCGCUCCGGUGGGAGAGCACCGGCGACCAGUGGUGGUACGCGUCCCCGAUCGACUUUGCCGCCGCCAACGGCCACUACGACCUCGUGCGGGAGCUCCUCCACCUGGACAACAACCUCCUCAUCAAGCUCACCUCCCUCCGCCGCAUCCGCCGCCUCGAGACCGUCUGGGACGACGACGACGAGAAGAAGGAGCCCGAAUCCAGGGGAGACGUCGCCAAGUGUCGCGCUCACGUCGCUCGCAGGCUCUACCGCGAGUGCGAGAUCUCCCCUGGCUACAACACCCUCGUCAGAGCCCGCUACGGCGGGUGGCUUCUCUACACGGCCGCCUCCGCCGGCGAUUUGAAAUUCGUCAACGAAUUGCUCGCCAGAGACCCGUUUUUGGUGUUCGGGGAGGGAGAGUAUGGCGUCACCGACAUGUUCUAUGCCGCCGCAAGGGGCGGGAACUCCGAGGUUUUCAGGGUUUUGCUCCGAUGCUCUGUUUCGCCGACGGGGAAGCAGGGGAGUGAUGAAGGGAUGGAGAAUCGAAACGGGGACACGGAAUUCGAGAAGGAUAUUGCGAAUCGCGCUGUGCAUUCUGCUGCCAGAGGUGGGAAUCUGGAGAUUCUGGGGGAAUUGCUCAAGGAUUGCGGCGAUGUCUUGAGUUAUCGUGAUGAUCAGGGUUCCUCUGUUUUGCAUUCUGCAGCUGGAAGAGGCCAAGUUGAGGUGGUGAAGGAGCUGAUAGCUUCAUAUCAUAUAAUCACAUCCAUAGACCACAACGGCAACUCGGCCCUCCAUGUGGCUGCUUAUCGCGGCCACUUACCUGUCGUGGAGGCGCUAAUCCAAGAAUGUCCAUCACUAACCUCACUCACAAACAUCCAUGGCGACACAUUCCUGCACAUGGCCGUUUCGGGGUUCAGGACACCCGGUUUUCGGAGAAUGGACAGGCAGAUUGAGCUCAUGGAGGAGCUAGUCUCUUCUCGGGGGACAGUGAACAUCCAAGAGGUCAUCAAUGUGAAGAACAAUGAUGGAAGAACUCCCCUUCACAUUGCCAUGAUUGAAAACAUUCAAUCUAGCUUGGUCGAGCUUCUCAUGACCGUCCCUUCGAUCAAUUUGAACGUUAGAGAUGCUGAUGGGAUGACACCACUGGAUCUCCUGAGGCAAACGAGGCCGAGAUCAGCUGAUUCGGAGAUCUUGAUCAAGCAGCUGGUCUCUGCCGGAGGUGUCUCCAGCAGAAGACACAGUGCCACGGUGAUUGCCUCACAGUUGAGAGGCAGUCGCGGUGGCAUAGGGACGAGCCCAGGAACCAGUUUCCGGAUCCCGGAUGGUGAGAUCUUCCUACACACUGGUGUGGAGCAUGCAGCACCGUCUGAUUUCAGCCGCGAGCUGGGUACCAGUGCAGAUUAUAGUUCAGCACUGAGCCAACAAGAGGCGAGUAUCGAUGACUUGGAGAAGAAGGCAAGUGCAAGGACAGGCAGCAAGGUGAGUUCUGCAGCAAAGCGGCUCAAGGCACUCCUCCAAUGGCCAAAGAAGAAGAAGAAAUCAAAGGAACAAAAAGACCCUAGCGUGGUGGCCAAGUUAACAGACGACGAGGCGUCUUCUAUCGACUCGUUUCAUGUAUGCAGAAGCUACGAGGAGUGUCCGACUCCGUUGAGGAAGAAAUACUCGAAGUUCGCCUCAUUUUCAUCGACCAACGACAAUGCUAAUGGGAAUCUUCCCAGUCCUUUGACCAGGAGUAGAUUUGCAGCAGGGUUGAUGCACGGGGUGAUACAUGCGAAGCCACAUUUAUCUGGCCCCAUCCAUCAGUCGACUCCGAGUCCUUUGUCAGCAGUAUCUUCAUCGGUGUGCUCACCAGCUUCGUCGAAUCGAGAUAAAAACUUUGGUAAAUCAGCAACAUUUGGCUCUAAGCUUAUGAGUCGCAAGCAGGGUUCGUUCAAUGCGAAGGUGAUGAACCAGUACUUGUGUUUUGGUGCACAAGGGUUGGAAGCGGAUGGUGGUGGUGGUUCGAUUAAUCGUAAACCAGGGUACCAGGAUUACACUCACCGGCGGGCUACAUCAUUAGCUGCCUGAAAAGGCUGAUGAAACACCACAGAAGACAGAAGGUCAAGACUCAAGGGAGAGCAACCUUUUAGUAAUGUUCUUUCCUUUCCAGAUCGUGCAUGUGCUCUCAUAGUUUGGAAAAAGAAGUUGUUUUUUUUCUCCUUUUUUUUUUCUAAUGUACAGUACUUUAACACUGGUAACCAGAAUCCUUACAUCCAAAUGUCAAUGUUUUCACUUGAUGCAUACCUUGCUGGUGAAGAAAUUUGAUGGAUACCUUUCAGAAGACAGAUUCUUCUUCAAUUCCCAAUUCACUGUGCAUUUGAAUUCUGAGGUUCUUUCUUCCAUUGGGCUGAAGGUGGAACUAUUAAUGGGGUUUUCCGCUUAAGAAGAAAUGGAUUCCGGCCUGAAAAAAUGGAACUAUUAAAUGGGCAUUUUGCUU